AAAACAACAUUUUUGGCGCGCAAACAUCGUUCGUGCGCUCGAGACGCGAAGGCAGACCUGUUCCGGUGCUCCGAAAAAAAAGAUUCUCGCCACGAUGGAAAUCAACAUCGCCUCGCUGCAGGACCACAUCCUAACCCGGGCCAGGGGUCGGCCGGACGUUCACGCGGACUUUGAUUUCGCGAUCGAACGGUACCACCGCGAGUUCCUGGCCAGUACUGGCGGCCGCAAGAUGGACCUGGAGUCCACGUGGCGCCACGUGCUCGAAAACGGCCCCCGGGUGGAUGAUGUUCCGGAGCGGGCCAAGAGCAACGCCAAGGCUGUGGCUGUUCGGCAGGAGGGCAAUCGGUACUAUGCGGACCGCGUACUGGACGAGGCGGCGGAGAAGUACAACGAAAGUAUUUGCUGGGCGGAACCGGGCUCGGAGGAGCUUGGGAUUGGGUUCGCCAAUCGGUCGGCGAUUUGCUACGAGCACGGCGAUUACGAGAUUUGUUUGCUGAACAUCGCGUUGGCCCGGAAGCACAACUGUCCGGUCAAGUUGGAACCGAAGUUGGCUGCUCGGGAGCAGAACUGUCGGCAGCAGAUUGCCGCAGGCAUGUCCCAAGUAUCCGUUCCGAAUCCUCGGUUCGCGAUGAACGUCGAGACCGAUUCGAAGAUUCCCUUUAUGGCAAAAGGUCUGCGGAUGACGGAGGUUCCGGCGUACGGACGUGCCAUGGUGGCUGAGCGAAGCUUCCGACCGGGGGACGUGCUGAUGAAGGAGAAGGUAUUCAUGACGAUGAGCGAUCCACAGUACCAGUAUCUGCACUGCCACUUUUGCGGUGAAUCCAAGCUGUUCAACCUGAUCCCGUGUUCGGAUUGUGCUUCGGUCAUGUACUGCAGCGAUAAGUGCCGCCAGGAGGACAAGAGAACCCUGCACCGUUUUGAGUGUGGCAUCAAGGAGAAGCUGAACCACUUGUACACGAGCAUCGUGGCCCUGGGACCGAGGAUGUUCCUCUACGGGCUGACCCUGUUCGGAGACAACGUCGAUGAAAUGCAAAAGGUGUGCGAAGCGCAGAAGCGAUCCGGAUCGAACCCGAUGGACGUGGACUACUCCAACGGGUAUAACGCCCUGGAGGUUUUCAAGAAUCUGAACCAGGUCAAGGUCACCAAGAAGGAAGAGAAAAACUACAGGCGCUUCAUGUUCACCGCGUCCAUCUACUUCACCGUCUACAUGCAAAGUCCCGCCGUUCGAGCCCUGAUCGUCACCGAAGACCAGCAAAAGUUUAUGCUCCGCUGUUUCAUGGACUACAAACAGAUCUGCCUGCAGGCAAGCAUGUUCUUCUGGGACGAAGCCAACGCGCCCCUCUUCCCGAUCGCCUCCAUCAUCAACCAUUCGUGCGAUCCGAACGUGUACGCGAUCCCCCGCAUGAGCCACUUCAAAAUGGUCGCGCUCAAACCGAUCGCCAAGGGUGAGCAAAUCUUCUUCUCGUACGGCCCCGUCUGGUACAAAAACGGUGACAAAGCCAAACAGGACAGCACCAUGAGUUUGUUCCUGUUUCAGUGCGACUGCGUGGCCUGCAAUCCGGCCCGGCUCAAGCGCUGGCUGGCCACCCAAAAGCGCCUGGACGAGCAUGGCAUUCGGGACCUGCGCACCUGCUCGAAGGUCAUCGCUGACGAUUUGGCUCCGCUCGCAGCCAAGAUGAACGCCGUGCAGCAGUUUAUCAAGAAAUACGCGCACACCCAUCCGAACGAGUCGUUCUGCUCUGUGCUGCAAGGAUUCACCGAUAUUCUUUACGAGGCGCUGAUGAACGAGUGGGCCAACAAGAUGCGUUCGGAGGCGCUGGAGCAGGUUGAUCGUGGCCUGUAAGUGGACGUCUUUUUCUUACUUUCUUUACUAUUCAUGUUGAUUACAUUCUCCUGAUUUUGAAAUCGGAAAUCGAACAGCGACCUGAUAAGAUACCGAAAUGUUGUAUUAAUUUUUGUUGAUGAAUUAAAAGUGAUUUUUUGCUAAACAACUC